AUGAAACGCCUGCUUCCGCCGCCAUAUGUCUGCAUCAGCUGCACUCGACGCAUAACAGCUCGAUCUGCGUGCGCAACACGUGAUAAUGGCUCCCCUCAGCCAUCACGAAGCUAUAGUAGCGUCGCUGCGACACCGUCACGACCGUUGAAAACUACCACCAAGUUGGCAACAACUCUCUUACCCGCCCCUCACAACGCAUACAGCACCGCUGUACCUCCACGAAAAGGCUUGCGCAUAGCCAUCAUAGGAUCCGGGCCAGCCGGCUUCUACACAGCCCAUCGCCUCCUGCACAAAGUACAAGAUGCCGUCAUCGACAUGUACGAACAGCUGCCUGUACCAUAUGGUCUUGUACGGUUUGGAGUAGCACCGGAUCACCCAGAAGUCAAGAACUGCCAGGAUACGUUCGAAGAAGUAGCGCAGUCGCCGCGUUUCAACUACAUUGGCAAUGUGCGCGUAGGCCACCACAUCGAGCUAGCAAAGCUCAAACCACAUUAUGAUGCCAUGCUGUUCUCAUAUGGCGCGGAUGAGGACAGAAGGUUGGGGAUACCAGGGGAAGAUCUCGAGGGCGUAUUCUCGGCGAGAGCGUUUGUGGGAUGGUACAAUGGGCUGCCGCAGUUUCAUAACUUGAAGCCAGACCUGCAGAGCGGAGAGCACGCUGUGGUUGUUGGGCAGGGAAACGUAGCGUUGGAUGUUGCACGCAUCCUUCUUGCACCUCUUGAUCAUCUCAAGAAGACAGACAUCACCGAGCAAGCUAUUCAAGCCCUGUCAGAGAGCAAGAUCAAGCAUGUCAGGGUGGUGGGUAGACGUGGCCCGCUACAGGUUGCCUUCACAGUCAAAGAAGCUCGCGAGCUGAUGAAGAUUCCAUCCAUUGCCUUUCACGAUAUCGAUCGAUCCUUCUACCCAAUAGAAAUCAAGAAGCUGCCCCGAGUUCAAAAGCGCACCGCUGAAGUCCUGCUGAAAGGUAGCACAGCUACACCAGAGGAGGUCGAACGGUCAUGGACUCUUGAUUUCCUGAGAGCACCUACUUCCAUGAAUGCCGAGCAAGGAUCAAAUCAUCUAUCGUCGAUGACCUUCAGGAAGCAGCAGUUUGUACCGGAUGCUGACCCACUGGAUCCCUCUGCACGCGUACAACCGACUGAGGAUGACAUCACAGUUCCUGCGUCCCUCGCCUUCCGUUCUGUGGGCUAUAAAUCGACUGCUCUCCGUGGUCUGUCCGACCUAGGCGUGCCUUUCGACUCGAAACUGGGCAUCAUACCAAAUGAUGUCCAUGGACGAGUUAUAUCUCCAGAUGCUGGCCCUGGCAGUUUGACAGCUGGUCAUAUCUCUGGCUUGUACUGUGCAGGAUGGGUAAAGAGAGGUCCCACUGGGGUCAUUGCUAGUACUAUGCAAGAUGCUUUCACAUCUGCGGACGUCAUUGCGUACGAUUGGGAGAACAACGCAAAGUUCCUGAAUGAUGCUCAUGGGGAAGACAAGAGCACACACCUAGGGUGGGAUGGUGUCAAGGCUGAAGUAGAGGCGAAAGGCGUACGACCGCUCAGCUGGAAUGACUGGAAGAGAAUCGAUGAAGCAGAAAGAGCACGUGGGAGGGAGAAGGGCAAAAAAAGAGAGAAGUUUGCAAGUGUAGCCGAGAUGCUCCAGGUUUUGGAUGCUUAA